CUGGAACGUGCUGACUGAAUCUGAAAGCAGCGCUGAACACAGAUUGAGAGAUCACCAAUUCUUUCACAGCUGCGUUGAGAAACGCUGGAUUGGAAUAAACUUAGGCGUUUCGAAAUGCCUCGAGAAUUCUGUAUCGAACGGUGUCACACAGAAAAGUAAUCGGCUCAAUGUGAUUGAGUUAUCCGCUUGCGCUUAAUCACGGAUGACAAUGAAAACGCGUGAGCAUCACCUAACCAAGGAACGCUUGCAUGAGCUUCGUGAGAUUUUUCGUAUCAUCGACCGAGACCGAGGAGGCACAGUCAGUGGUCAGGAGCUGGGAGACUUGAUCAGAUUGGUCAGUUCCAAUUGCUCGGAAACAAAAACGAAAAUUUUAAUGCGGAGGGCGGAUAUUAACGGUGACGGCGAAAUAGGAUUUGAUGAGUUCGUUCAUCUCAUAACUGCCGAACCCUCGAGCGCAGAGCUGGACAGUGAGGCGACGAGAGAAGCUUUCGAAGUGUUUGACACGGAUAACGAUGGGUACAUUACGAAAACAGAACUCGGUCACGUGCUGAAGAGCAUCGGGCACGAGUGCACAGACCAGGAAGUUGAAGAAUUACUUUCCGAAGCAGACAGAGACGGCGACGGCAGGGUGACUUACGAAGAGUUCGAGGCCAUGAUUGAAGGACCCGAGAAACACUGAGUACUCCACACCCCACUACCAGACUCGCAUGAAGUCUUCUAAUCAGAUGAAGUGAGCAGCACAAGGCGUCCAAAGAUCGUUCCUCUGAGUCAGCUUUUGGCACCACCUUCGGUUGGUCCGUUUAAAAUAACACUGCGUCUAAUUGCAAAAGUUUCAUUUUCGUUGCCAUUCUCCAGCUGCAUUUUCGGAUAUCAA